GCUCACCCAAGUGCGAUCGCUCACAGAGCGCCGUCGUGCUGCCAUCGGAUAGUGAUAUAUCCUGCUUGGACAAGCAAGCUGGCGUGGGACCUGGCAGUGAUGCUUGUCGUGCUUGUAGAUGCAUUUGUGCUCCCAUACCAGCUGUCCUUCAAGCGGGAUCUUGAGCCGGAUGCCUUUGAUGAGUUUUGGUUCUGGAUCACCAGCUCAUUUUUCACACUGGACAUCAUCGCCACCUUUGACACAGCCCUCGGAGGCGACGAAGACGACCUCAUAGUAGACCAUCGAACCAUUGCGCGGGCUUACCUGCGUGGCUGGUUCUUUUUUGACUGGGUCUCAACCAUGCCUUGGAGUCGCAUGGUUGACGCAAUGGUGUCGGAUACAGAUGGUGGAGCGUUGUACCACGUGGCAAAGUUGGCGAAGAUGUUGAAAUUUCUACGUAUUAUUCGAUUGAUGAAGAUGUUGCGGGCCAGAAAGAUCAAGGACAUUUGGGAAAGAGUGGAAACCAGAAUCGGGUCCGUGACGGUGAUCCAAGCCAUGUAUUUGGUUCGUGUGCUGCUGGUGAUCGUUGCCAUCUGUCACUGGAACGCCUGUAUCUUCUGGAUUAUAGGCCGUACAGAUAGCAUCAUAACCGAUUUCCUCCCGGAUGAGACGCGGAUUGCUUUCGAAGGUCUAGAGCAUUGGACUAUGGUGUGGCACAAAUAUGGCGUCGACGGGGAGCCUUGGCGCUUUCACGACAAGCCAAUUGUAGAGUGCUACGUCUUCUGCUUCUAUUGGACCCUUGGCGUGAUGCGCACGAUGCCGGCGGAGGUUACGUCUGCCUUCGCAGUUUCAGUCGCAUCUUUGACGCAAGCGUACUUCAAGAUCAGCGAGCGGAACCGAUCCUUCAACGAUGAGAUGUUUGCAAUUCGAAUGCACAUGCACAAGCUCAAGUUGGAAGACCACUCCCAGCGCCGUAUCAAGGACUACAUCACGCACCGGUUCAACCGCAGGCGGAUGCUGGCCAAGGAGGUGAACAUCGUUGACAACCUUCCGAAAGCCUUGCAGAACGAAGUCAAGUAUGCAACGGCCCUGCAGUACGUCCAGAGGUUGUCGGUGAUUUCCGACUUAUCCAAAGAUGCGAUCAAGAAGAUUUGCUUGGAAUUCGAACCGAAAGACUACCUUCCGGAGACGCAGCUGUGCGUUGCUGGCCACGAAGCCAGCGUCGCGCGGCUCCUGUGUGCCGGAACACUUUCGGCCAAAGACAUCAACCAGAUCGCUGUCGAGGUGCCGCAUGAUGCCAUCAUUGAUGAGGCGUGCCUGGAGACGGAGGAGCCUGUGAUCUCAACUUUGACAGUCACGACCGUUAGCACUUGCGAAAUCCUCACGAUUGACAAGCUGGCUUUCGCACGCAUUACCGGCAUGCACCUCUCCGACGGCCGACGGAGGAAGCUGAAGGCUAUGAACUCGAAGCAAGGCCCAGAUCAAGUGGAGCUCAAUCGGCAAGCCGACGAUUCACAGUCAAGGAGCGGCGCUGCGGCCGCAGCAGCUGCUGUGGUCUCUUCCUAG